UGGUAAGCUUGAUGGAAGCAAUUUGACUCUUGCCACUGUUAGUAGAAAAUAUUCCUACAGACUUAAGAUAUAAAAGGGUGCGGUAUUAAAUUAUACUGUUGACUACCGACCCCUGCACAUUGCACCUCUGGCCAAGAUGGCGGCUUCGUUAGGAAGGAUCUGCGGGUCUGGUCUUCUAAAAUCAAAUAAUGGAGCAUUGCUUAAUCAGGCCUGUAACUAUUCAACGGUCAGAGGAUGGUCAAGGGGUCGAAAAGCGUUAAUGACAUGCUUGGGAGUGGCAGCCGGUGGAGUAGGAGCCUUAGUAUAUGCCUUGGAGACUUCGGUAAAAGCCGAUGAAUUAGUGGCUCAUCCUUCAACCUAUGGCUGGUCCUUUUAUGGUUUAAUCAAUUCUUUAGAUCAUGCAAGUAUGAGACGAGGAUGGGAAGUGUACAAAAAUGUGUGUUCAGCCUGCCACAGCUUGCAAUAUGUGGCUUAUCGUCAUCUUAUAGGUGUAACGCACACCGAAGCAGAGGCAAAGGCCCUUGCAGAGGAAAUUCAGGUUAAGGAUGGACCUGAUGAAGCGGGUGAAUACUUUAUGCGAUCUGGAAAAUUAUUUGAUUAUGUACCAUCUCCAUAUCCUAAUGAAGAGGCUGCACGGGCUGCAAAUAAUGGUGCUUACCCACCCGAUCUCUCUUACAUGGUCAAUGCAAGGCAUGAUGGAGAGAAUUACGUUUUCUCAUUGCUGACGGGAUAUUGUGACCCUCCAGCGGGCAUACCUGUGAGAGAGGGUAUGUCCUUUAAUCCAUACUUCCCAGGUGGGGCUCUCGGUAUGGGACAAAUCAUUUAUGACGAAGUGAUGGAAUAUGAAGAUGGUACACCACCAGUCGCAUCGCAAUUAGCUAAAGAUGUCACCACAUUCCUCAUGUGGACCGCUAACCGAGAACAUGAUGAAAGAAAACAGAUGUUUAUAAAAGUCAUGGGAUUGUUUUCGAUCAUGCUAGGCGUUUGUUAUUACAUUAAACGACACAAAUGGUCUGUUAUAAAGACCACUAAGAUAGCAUAUGUUCCCAAGAAGUAGUCAAAUACUUAAGUCGCAAAUUGAUUCAAUCGUUAGCCCACAAAAACUAUUGGAACAGUGCUGCAUGCCUGGGAAACAAUCGUAGUUUUUUAAUUUAUAUGAAGUAAAUGGAGACAGUUGGCGAAGUCGGGCUAUCAUCGUUACUCAUCAUAACACCAUCAGAAAAUUUCACGCCAGCCGCUGACGUCCAAUUAUCAUCGACGCCAAAUGAUUCAACUUGUACCAUGUACAUAUAUGAAUUCAAGCAAUACCACCAUUGCUUGUCAAAAUAAACCGUUAAACCAUAUGUUUA